AUGGUUCCGAAUGAAUACCAAGCGUACGGGAGUGACCCACUCCCCUCCUUCUCCAACUCACAAUCGGGCUACCCAGGCAGGUAUCACACUGCCUUCGCUUCAGAGCAGCCAUUUGAUACCGAACGGUAUUCGAAUGACGCUACCAUCGGACGCCCUUCACACUCGGUCGACGGACAUGGAGACACCUUGGUGCUAGAGGAUAUAUCUGGUCAUGAUACUGGAUAUGAUGGGGAUGUGGAGGUAAUUGCACCGUACGAAUAUGAGGAAGCGGAAUCGAUGCCCCCGACUCCACGCCAAGCGAAAAACCCGGCCAGGAGCAACGUUGAAAUGGAUGAUCUUGUGAAAGCAGGACUUAUUGAUGCAAUGAGAGAAUUGGAUUGUGAUUCAGAUGAAACGGACUAUGAGUACCACAGAUUAUGUGUAAGAAGGCAGAAGAGGAAGGGGAAAUAUUUAUCUAGCGGACAAUCUACAACUGAUUGCUCCUCGGACGCUGAAUCUUUAGAAACCAUCGAUCUUGAACGCUACGGGAAGCACAAGGCGAACGGAUGGAUAUUGAAAUUCAAACAACCAACAUUGCGACUUAUUUUUGGGUUCGUUGCGAUCACGUCACAUGAUAAUAUUUACUCAACCUUGGAACCCAAAGAGCCGUUCCCUGGCAAGUGCAUGACGUCAGUCGUCGUUCAACCGGUGCCAACACUACUCCGUAUUAAAAUGGCAAAUUACUGGACUGCGAAUCUAAUUAACUACCUCCCACAAACCUGGCCUGGCAUCUAUCGCGGUUUAACAUCAACGCGGCAGGCCGCUGUGAAGGCAAAUGAAGCGCUCCACCAAGGGGCCAGAGCUAGUACGAAGAAAACCGCUGGCGGGAAGCGGAAGGGGGAGGAACAGGAGGAAGCUCCGAAGAUAAAACGCGAAAAAGCGGAGGAGGAAAAACCAACGGAAAUAAAGCAACGGAAACUUGGAGAGAGUAAGGAGGGACCAACUACGGAAGGACAUGAGGAGGAAACGGAAUCGAUCAACGCUGGGCUAAACAAGCAUCAAAACAUUGAGGGAGCCCAAAAUCGAGACGUAGAGGAACCGAGGGAGCCGGACAAGUUGGAAACCAAACGACUGGAACAGAAGGAGGCACCAAAGGAGGCAGAACCGAAGGUAGACGCUAGUGAACCAAAAAAAGAGGAAACAAAAGAGACAGAAUUGCUGGAAGCUAAAGAAUCAGAACAGGAAGGAGAAGUUAGGGAUCCAGUCAAAGCGGAACAACGCGAAAACGAAGCUCCCGAGAAAUCCCAACCGCAAAAGGAAAACGUUGCAGAACCCGGAAGCAAGGAGAGAGCAUCAGUACCGACAGCCAUUGAGACAGGUGAGGUGGAUAGAAGUCUCCCAUCAAACGUUCUCGAAAAGGGUGUUAUAUAUUUCUUCUUCCGCAGCAAGGUUGGGGUCGAGGAACCGGAGGGUAUUGCGGACGUGGCACGGAGUUUCAUCGUCCUUCGACCACUUCCUCGCGACGUAAAAUUGGGCCAAUGCAAUCUCGGCGAUAACCAGAAUUGCCGAUUGCUUGUCCUACCCAAAAAGGUGCUUCCGAAAUCCAGCAGAGAUCGGUUUAUGGGUUUUGUGGAGAAGGCACACACCACCACGAAAACCAUUAAAGACUCAUUCCUUAUGAGUGAGAGACAAACGGCGACGCGAGGAACGACAUAUACCGCUGCCGCAACUCCCAUUGCUGAGGGAGUUUAUGCGAUCGCAUCCAAGGGUCGCUCUUCGCACCUUGCAUACUAUCUGACGAUCCCGUCGGAGCUUGGUGAGGUUCAGAAAGAUAUUGGCCUCAGACGCCAUGGCAGCUUCAUUGCAAGCGUAAAAAAUCCCGAGUAUGUUGGGCCUGAAACGGCCAGACUGCCUCAUGGCCCUGAAUUUCCACAAAAGGUUCAGGAUGAGUUUAACGACCUUCGCUGGGUGCCAUUACAACCCACGUUCCUGGAUUACCCCAAUGCGCAAUUCCUUCUUAUUGGAGGUACACACCAUGAUCCAGAAGAAGCUGAGGAAGCAAUUGAGGAACUUGAACACCAGAAUGAAUCCCGGACGUAUCCACUCAAUUACGAUGAUAUUAUCUAUAAAGACCUAGGGCAUGGACAGUAG